AAAGUACUAUAACAAUAUUUAAUAUUGGUUUAGAUUGUAAGUUUUCCACUCUCCCCAUUAAUUAUCACCAUUUAAUUAAAUUACUAUCACAAUAUUUAAUAUUGGUUUAGAUUGUAAGUUUUCCACAAGCGGUUGUCUCGUGUGUUUUAUUCCAAUUAAUUAAUUAAAGAAGUACAAAAAUUCGAUUAUAAAUAGAGAAGAGAAUUAGCUAGGCACCCAGUGCAAAAGUGAGCAAGUACUCAAGUCGUCACACUUGCUAAUCACUGAUGGAGAGGCAGUCGAUGGUUCGUAAGUCAGCUGAAUAUCACCCUACUGUUUGGGGUGACUAUUUCAUCCGGAACUACUCUUGUUUGCCCAUCGAAGAAGAAAAGGAGUACAUGAUAAAGAGGGUGGAAGAGUUAAAAGAUGGAGUGAGAAACCUAUUCGAAGAAACACAUGACGGAUUGCAAAUUAUGAUUUUGGUUGAUUCGAUUCAACUUCUUGGAUUGGAUUAUCAUUUUGAUAAAGAAAUAACUGCGGCACUAAGAUUGAUUUACGAAGCUGAUGUUGAGAAUUACGGGCUUUAUGAAGUUUCUCUUCGAUUUAGAUUGCUUAGGCAACAUGGAUAUACUUCGUCUCCAGAUGUUUUUAACAAGUUCAAAGAUGAUAAAGGAAGAUUUCUGUCGGCCUUGAAUGGAGAUGCAAAGGGACUACUAGGCUUAUACAACGCGGCUUAUCUCGGAACACAUGAAGAGACGAUUCUCGACGAAGCUAUUUCUUUUACAAAGUGUCAACUUGAAUCUUUGUUGGGUGAACUUGAGCAGCCUUUAGCAUCAGAGGUGUCUCUUUCCCUUGAAACGCCACUAUGUCGAAGAAUUAGAAGGCUCUUGGCGAGAAAAUAUAUACCCAUUUAUCAAGAGAAUGUGAUGCGAAAUGAUACUCUAUUAGAACUUGCGAAGUUGGAUUUCAAUCUACUACAAUCCCUUCAUAAAGAGGAAGUGAAGAAAAUUUCAAUAUGGUGGAAUGAUUUAGCACUGGUUAGGUCUCUAAAAUUUGCUCGUGAUCGAGUGGUGGAAUGUUAUUAUUGGAUAGUUGCGGUGUAUUUUGAACCUCAAUACUCUCGUGCACGAUUAAUUACUUCCAAGGUUAUUUCCCUUAUGUCAAUUAUGGAUGACAUCUAUGAUAACUACAGCACAUUGGGAGAGAGUCGACUGUUAACCGAGGCAAUUGAAAGGUGGGAACCUCAAGCUGUUGAUCAGUUACCAGAAUACUUGAAAGAUUUUUAUCUCAAACUACUAAAGACUUGCAAAGAUUUUGAAGACGAAUUGGAAGCCCAUGAGAAAUAUCGCAUACCAUAUCUUCAAGAGGCAAUAAAAGUUCUAUCAAGAUCUUAUUUCCAUGAAGCAAAAUGGGGUGCGGAAGGAUAUGUGCCAUCACUCGAGGAGCAUCUGCGUGUUUCAUUGAAAUCGACCGGGUAUCCUACUGUUACAUGUGCCUCUUUCGUAGGUCUAGGAGAAGAUGCAACAAAAGAAGCAUUUGAAUGGGUUGCUAGUUUCCCCAAGAUCCUUAAAUCAUGCACUAUAAUUACUAGACUUAUGGAUGAUAUAACUUCACACGAGCUGGAGCAAGAAAGAGAUCAUGUCGCUUCAACAGUUGAGAGUUACAUGAAAGAAUAUGGUACGAAUGCAAAAGUGGCACGCGAGAAGUUGCAAGUGAUGGUGGAGCAAGGAUGGAAGGAUUUGAACAAGGAAUGCCUCGGUACGACACCGGUAGCUCGAUCUUUAAUUGAAAUAAUACUGAAUCUUUCACGAGCCAUGGAAGAUAUAUACAAGUACGAGGAUACCUAUACCAAUUCCAACACUAGGAUGAAAGAUAAUGUCUCUCUUAUAUUGGUUGAAUCCUUUCCUAUUUGAGAGCAUUGACCACUCUUCUAUAAAUAAAUCACAGUAAGAAGAGUAUGUCUUAUCAGGGCAAUGCCCUAAUAUGUGAUUUGAGAAAAAUAAAU